AUGACUCACCCCGCCGAGGAGCAGCUGCCCCUACGAGUGCUUCCACGUAGAAAUGAGGGCCACCUCUUCCCUGGUGGCUCAGCUGGUAAAGAAUUUGCCUGCAAUGCGGGAAACCUGGGUUUGAUCCCUGGGUUGGGAAGAUGCCCCUGGAGAAGGGAACGGCUAUCCACUCCAGUAUUCUGGUCUGGAGAAUUCCAUGGACUCUAUAGUCCACGGGGUCACAAAGAGCCGGACACGACUGAACGACUUUCACUUUCACUUUUCUCACUUCUCUUUAUGACCCCAAUGAGGACUCCAUCCAAGUUUGUUUGUUUUUUUUUAGUUCAAGAUGCAGAACCUCCCAGGGUUGAAUUGCUAAUCAGCAUCUAUAGGGUAAACGUGACAGAAAGUAUGAGUGUCCCCCCCGGCCAGCUGGGGUCUUUCACAGCCCUGCGGUGA